GCAAUUACGGUAGCCGGAAAGGACCAAAAGCCUGUCGUGCCGGCUAACCCACGUGCAUUCGUGGUUUGUUGUCAUUCGUACAGUAGUGUUACCAUUGAUCCCGUAGACCUUUUUUCAUUAACCUGCUUGUGUAAUUAGCUUAAAAUGAACUCCAGGACAAACGGAGAAGCAGAUGAAGAUGUUGUGUUUCUCGAACACGUUUUGGACAAGCUUUAUGACUUUGGUAAUGGACCAGCAUCACAAAAGAAGAUCAAGUCUCAGAAGAAGAAAAAACGAAAAAGAUGUGCGGAGGAGGAAGCGGAGGAAGAGUUCCCUGCAGUCAGGGAUACCAGCAGCGACACUGAAGACGUCACAGCAGGUCGCGUUGGCGCUGAACACCAGCAGAAGCAACCAAAGACCGAGCAGACGGGUCCAGCUGACCAGCAGAUGAGCCAGGUGGAGGUCAUCACAUUUCAGGACCCCAGAAAGAAACUGAAAACCAAGCAGACACCAGCCCCCAGCAAAGUGCCUAUAACCGAGAAGAAGGACAACAGCCAGCUAGAAGAACUCAACCUGGAAAAGGCUCGUCUGGAGGUUCAUCGGUUUGGAAUCACGGGUUAUAAGAAGGAGCAGCAGCGUGUUUUUGAACAGGACAGAGCCGUCAUGCUGGGAGCCAGACCUCCUAAGAAGGACUACAUCAACUACAAGAUAAUGCAGCAGCAGAUCAAAGAGAAGAAGCAGAAAGCAAAGGAGGAGGUUCAGCCGGACCUGAAGAAAAAGAAGAAGCAGAGUAAUCAAAGGGACAAUAACAAGAAGAAGGUGUCCUCUGGCUCUGGCACGGCCCCCACAGGUCAGGUGGGCCGCUUCAAGAACGGCAUGUUAAUCCUCUCUUCCAAGGAGAUCCAGAAAAUCAAAGGCAACAAGCAAAGAAAAUAAGUGUGGGUGGAAGAUUAAAUCCUCCAGGAUGGGGAAAGUGCAAGCAGACCAAGAGGACGACCUCGUUUCUAAGGCUCGGCUCCCUGCGGGACUGAGUGCAGCAUCACGAGGAAGUAAGUCUGAUUUCCAGAGGACACGUCCCUCGUCUGCGGUAAAAUAUGAGACUGUGUUAACUGGUGACAACACUGCUGAGUCAACAAUCCAAUUUAUUGAUCUCCAAAAUGGGCCCUGAAAGUACACCGUGGCAGCACACAAAACUGGAGAUUGUGUCAAAUCAUAUUCCAUCACAGUUAAUUUAUUGUGUUUUUAUAAAUGACCAGAAAAAGAA